AGGAACCCCCUCAAGCUGAUCCUUUAGGUGGAGGCGAUGAUCCUAUGUCACAAAUAAUUCUUCAGGAUCGUCGUCAUAGAAACUUAUUAGCAAGUAAGAAAUAUCGAGCAAAGAAACAACAAAUGGAACGAGAAAAAAAUGAUUUAAUUCAAAAAUUAUCAAAUGAAAAUCAAUCAUUAAAGCGAAGGGUACAAGAAAUGGAAUUUGAGAAUAAAAGUUUAAAAGAGAUUAUGAAUAGACUAACAACUUCAUCGGCUGCUUCAGUGUUGGAUAAUAAAGUUAUGAUGGUUAGAGAAAGAUUGUGUAGGAGUGGUGCCGUUGAAAAUUAA